AUGUUGCUAUUUUUAGUAAUUUUUGUUAUCCCUUCUUUAUAUUCAUUGAACUUCAAUCUCACCAAUAUCAAUCCUUCUUAUGUUAAUCUCUCUAUCAAUGUCACUGGAGACGCCUACGUAACGAAACAGGGCAUACAAGUUACGCCUAAUGAACGUAACAUUACAUUAAGUAGGAAAACAGGACGCGCCAUGUACAUUGAGACACUGCAGUUAUGGGACAAAGCUACAGGGGAAAUGACAGAUUUUACUACACAUUUCUCUUUUGUUAUUGAUUCAAAUGGUAACGAUCGUUUUGCUGAUGGACUAGCCUUUUUCUUAGCUCCUGUUGGUUCGAGUAUUCCAGUUGGUUCGUUUGGCAGUGGCCUUGGUCUUGUUGAUGCUGAGACAGAAAACAUGUCAUCACAUGAGUCAUUUGUUGCUGUAGAGUUCGAUACACAUGUGAAUAACUGGGACCCCUCAGACAUACAUGUAGGCAUCAAUAUAAAUUCUAUGGAAUCUGUUGCUACAACAAUAUGGAAAAAUGACAUUAAACUUGGGAAGAAAAAUGAUGCUUGGAUUAGUUACAAUGCUAAUUCCAAGGUUCUUGAAGUUGUUUUCACAGGAUUUGAGAAAAAAUAUAAUCGAGACAAACUAAGCUACCCGGUUGAUCUGAGGGAUUAUUUGCCUGAGAAUGUUAGUUUUGGCUUCUCAGCAUCAACUGGACAAUUGUUUCAGAAAAACAAUGUCAAGUCUUGGGAUUUCAAUUCAAGUUUGAGUUUUGAUGCUAUCAAAGUUCCACAACAGCCUAGUCAAAAUCCAAAUGAUCCUCCCAUUACUCAUGUUCAAGAACCCAAGGGUCCUCCUCAAGAAGUACUCAGCACCUCGGGAAAAGGAAGCAAGGGACUACUAGUCGGAUCAAGCAUAGGUUUACCUAUUCUGAUUCUUGGUUUGAUAACUGCCAGUUGCUUUUUGUGGAAGAAAAAGAAGAAAGGAGAUAAAAAAUUAGACCAUGUCUUCAUUGAUCUAGAUAUGGAUGAUGAAUUUGAAAAGGGUACCGGUCCUAAGAAGUUCUCGUAUGGUGAAUUAGCUCGUGCAACAAACAACUUUGCUGAGGGACAGAAGCUUGGAGAAGGGGGAUUUGGUGAUGUUUAUAAAGGUUUAUUGAAGGAAUGUAACUCAUAUGUUGCUGUUAAGAGAGUGUCAAAAGGGUCUAAACAAGGGAUAAUGGAGUAUGCAUCAGAAGUGAAGAUCAUCAGUCGAUUAAGGCAUAGAAAUUUGGUUCAACUUAUCGGUUGGUGCCACGAGAAAGAGAAGCUUCAUCUUGUUUAUGAAUUGAUGCCCAAUGAAAGCCUAGAUAAACAUCUUUUCAAAGAUAAGUCAUUGUUGGUCUGGGAAAUAAGGUGGAAAAUUGCUCAAGCAAUUGCCUCAGCUUUGCUGUAUCUACACGAAGAGUGGGAACAAUGCGUAGUCCAUAGGGACAUAAAAGCAAGUAAUGUCAUGUUGGAUUCAAACUUCACCGCUAAAUUAGGUGAUUUUGGGUUGGCUAGGCUUAUUGACCAUGACAAAGGAUCUCAAACAACAAUGUUAGCAGGGACCGUGGGGUAUAUGGCACCGGAAUGUAUCAUGAAUGGAAAAGCUAGCAAGGAGUCAGAUGUAUACAGCUUUGGAAUAGUAGCAUUGGAAAUAGCAAGUGGAAGAAGAUCAAUAAAUAUCAAAGCACCAGAAGAUGAAGUGAGAUUGGUUGAAUGGGUGUGGAGCCUCUAUGGAACGGGAGAGCUAGUCGAAGCAACUGAUCCAAGAUUGAAUAAAAUGUUUAAUGAGAAAGAAAUGGAACGUUUAAUGGUCAUCGGUCUAUGGUGUGCUCAUCCAGACAACAAACUCAGGCCAUCAAUAAGGCAAGCAAUCCAUGUUCUAAAUUCUGAAGCCCAAUUACCAAAUCUUCCAUCAAGAAUGCCAGUUGCAACAUAUUCACCCCCUCCAUUGAAUAUGUUUUCGUCUCCAUUUUCAAAUACCUAUGAAGUUAAUAAGCAGGAGCAGACUAUGACUUACACUAUUUCCUCAAGUGUCUAUACUUCGUCAGCUGCUUCAUCGACAAAAUCACUUUUGUAA